AAGGUCAAAGUGCGACAAGGAUUACGUGACAAGAUUGAGGCCGAGGCUGAGAGGCUCAGCUAUCCGCUUUUCGACAUCGUCGUGGUGAAAAGUGGUGAUUUGGAUUGCUACCAGGAUUUUGACGUGACCAACAUGGCACACACGAUCGGACCCCCGACCCCGGAAACCCUGUUCCUGAUUGAGAGCGAAUCCGGAUCGAAAAGUUACACAUUGGUGACGGAAUCGUCGGAUUCAAGCAUGUCUCCGGAAGCGGGUCAUUGGCGAAACUUUGACCGCGAAAGCUUCAUGGCCGACGAGCGAAUUGCAAAUUUAAUGAACCCGCAAUUGGACAUCAAUGGGGAUACUUGCUGCGAUCAGCAUCGAUCCGGUGCCGGGGCAUGCGACAAUUUGCCACGGAAAAAGUUCCUUCGAAAACAGAGCAGACCUUGUUUCGAGUGCGAUAUUUUCCUAGCCCUUCAAGGUUGCCAACGUACAGCAUACUACAAGGAGCUCAAACCGAAUCCCAUCAGACCAAAGCCAGAGACUUUGAAACUAUACAGAAUGCGUGACAAAUAUGCAGCAGCGCCGCAUUUUCCGUGCGACUCACUGAAACCCAUCGAUCCCGGGUGUUGCUUGGUGUACUCCAAUGAUGACAUUCCCAGCAAUUGUCUGGUAACCAAUCACCCACAAUGCAGCAGGAAACAUCACAUGAUACUGAAAACGCGGCGGACGCGAAAUGGGCGGAAAGUUGGAGUGGACGUGCUUCGGUUUCAACACGUGAUGCAACACAUGUGCAAUGUUGAGUCACCUACCAACAUGGCGACUCCUCAAGACACCUCCACAGGUCACAGCAUUCCAGUAAUAACAGACGAAACCUGGGAAUACACUGACCAAAACCGGUACUACCGCCAGCAAUUGAUCAACUCCUCUGGAAUUGCACGAAAAGCCGGUGCUGGGGACCCAUCCAGUACAUCAGAAGCCACUCAGCAAUCUGCACCAACAGAAUCCUCAACUUCCAGUGAACUCAGUACAGUAAAGUACUACUGGUUUGACGACUCCAUCGACUUGCGAGCCAGAGGCCUGAGAAGAGUCGCGAUGUUGCGCUUUAAAAACUACUGCGGGCCCGAAUCCGCGCUUCAUUCCUACAGCCGAAACAAGAACAUCAUUUUGCAAACCCUGUGUUCGCAAUACAAUUUGGAAAAGGGAGGCGUUAUUGAUGACGAGAAAACGUCAACUAGCGAACCUACUCACUUGGACCAACAGCAGGCAUCAACGUGUCUAAACUGUCACAAUGUCUUACAAAGUCUCACAUCGCAGCCAAUGCAGUCGUCUUACAGACAAACUCAACACCAGUCCAUCACCCCACUGCAACACCAUUUCAUACAAGUGCCGAUCAGUGCAAAAAACACUUCUUCUUUUGCACGAGAGUCUUCUACGCCAAUUACUGGCAGCCGGAAGUCCAGCAGGAAAAAUAUCGUGCACGAAUUAACGCGGAAGUUUGAGGGCAUCAACAAUCAGAUCGCUGUUGACGGUCGACUAGAGCAAAUUGCAAUGAGGCCAUUUUCGAAUAUCACCGACAGAAGUGCGAGACUUGACAACAUAUCAAAUCCGGCUCAAGUGACGAAAGUUUCGAAAAUAAUUCAAUACCCCAGCGAGGAGCGAGAAUCCGGCUUAAUUCACGCAUCAACCAAGACCAGCACUGAACCUCCAAGAUUAACAGAUAUUUCGAAUACCCCAUUCAAUGCCGAAGAAACUGGACAAACACAAAUUGGAGAACACUUAUCAUACCUUGGCAGCACUUCAGCCAGUCCUGAAAAUGUCGGACUAGACGAUGGUCACGCUUCUCAAAUUUUGCCAGGAGACUUGGUGAAAAAUCAAUUCAGCAGCCAACCCGAUGAUAAUUACGCAAAACCGUCAUCAUCGCGGAAACGUUCAUCAUCAGCUCGACGAUCCAGCAAAUGGAAGACCCCAGUAAAUGAAACCGAAAUAAAAGCCAAAGAUGCAGCUUUUGCAGAAAAUCCGCGAGAAACUAGUCUCGCGUGCGUGUGCACCGAUGAAAUGGGAACGGUGUUGGCCACCCCAACUUUGCGACUUGAUGUUCUGUCAGUGAUUUCCGAUUCCAGUCAAGCCGAAGACUCGGAAAAAACGAAAUUCCCUGAUAAAGAAGCAGAGAAUGAAGAAUCAUCUCCGAGUACACCGCAAAGAUCUCCAACUAAAAAACAACACCAGGAGCAGCAAGUGUCUUCACAACAAAGAACAGUAACUUCGAUUUCUCAUCCCACUAGUCAAACUUCUCCUGAUUACCCGGCGUCUGAGAAUGUUGGUCAAGUGGAUAUUUCAGUGAACAGCAAACGAAGCAAGGGAUCGAUUUCUCAAUAUUUGGGAAUGGAAAACUUGGAGAUGUUGGACGGAGAUGACCCGACCCCGACUCAUAUUACAGACUUGGCGUCAACAACGGUUAAAGGAUCAUCUUUCAGACAAUCCUCUGAUCUGACGAAAAGAGCAUCCAGUCACUUAGGAAACGCAGAACUGGUUUGGGCAAAUGAAAAUGGCAUUGUUUCCCCAGGGAGUGGAAUAAUCUCUGAUGCGCCGACAAGGAUGUCAGACAAAGCUGGGAGACCAAGUGGCGGGAAUCAACGGCCUUCAGAGCCUUCGACAAUUCGCCAAGUCUCAAUUGAACGCCAAACGCCACGGAGAACAAGGGUCAGCUUUGAAGAUGAAGCGCCACCAUUGAGCACCACUGACGCAGUCAAUACUUCAGAUAUCAACACCCUCACGAAAACUCCAGGAACUCAACAGAUCCGUGACACGUUCGAUUACCAAACCAAUCUCAAAGUCAUCGCGGAUGACACAAUGCAUGAUUUCACCGAAACGAAUGUCAAACUUCAGCCGGAUGCUUUUACGUACCAUCACGGUCAUCCGGAUGCAAGUCUGAGACAAACCGGAAAUCUAAGUCGAAAAUCAUCACGCAGGAGCCGGAAAUCAAGUGGAAGUCCGCAGGCGGAAGCAAUAAAACCUCGGAAAAUUAAGGGAAUCAAACUGACUGCAGUCCUGGAAGAACCAGGGUUGGAAAAAGAGAGCGAUCAUGUGUCUUCCCUUUACACCAGGCAAUCAACGCGGAACUUUUCUGUUCGAGGGUCCACAGCACCGCCACAACGCGAGAGCCAGAACAGUGAUCAAUUGGAGCCAAACAAAACGGAAACAAUCGUUUUCCAUCGCCCAACCAGCGAUAUCGAAUUCGUGGAAUCAUAUUCCCCUGGAACUCACAUGCUGAAACGCGGUUCCAUGGAGUUCUUCGGAGAAAAAUCUUACAUAAAUACACGACCUCGAUUCGACGAUCUAGAUGGGACAAUUUUACGCGUCCAGACAGCAGAUGGAAAAUUGCGAGACUUGGCAGCGACCUUGCCGGUGGACAACGGGAGGAGACUGCUGCAUUUACCAGCACAAGUACAAAUACGAUCGGAAAAUCGCAACAGCGUUCUGGUCCUGGUCCCAAAACGUGAUGUGCCAAAAGAAGUCGAAACGGUGCUCAAAAAAUGGGUGACUCAUGAAAAACGCCAGAGAAACUCAACAGAGCGUCAUAGUUCGCGUCUUCAUCAUCCCAUUGAAAAGCAGAGAAGUGGUUCAGAGGAAAUUGAUCCACACGUACAGCAAAGACUUGAUGAUCAACACGGACAUGAAAAGGCCAAGAAAUUAAGGCUUCGCUUCUGGAAAAGCCAGAAACAGCAAGCCGAAAACACUAAAAAUACCAAGCUCGCUGAACUGCGGCGCUAUGGAAGCGGAUCCUCUUUUCAGCCCAGCCGCGAUGACUUGAUAUAUUCCUACACUUCCACAGAAAUGUUCGACGAGAUAAAAAGCAAUCAAUCGUUAAGUCUCGAUCAUGAUCCCCCAGCACAGGGACAGACGAUCAAGAGACUGUCCACAGGCGGCAUGAAUGACGUGCAUGAGCUUUACACUCGUAACGCCACAAGGAACAAAGGGAUCCUCACGAAUGGUGUGAACGGCCAGAAUAGCUCACAUCCGAGAAAGGAUAAUGAGAUGAACAGAAGAUCAAACAGUCGCGUGCGGAUCAGCGAUCAUUUAGAGAUAAUCAAAAUUGACAGCCCUCGUGAAGAGGUUUUCAAACAAAGGAACCCAUUUCUCGAGAUCAGACACAGGAAUCAAUCUCGCAGGCAUCAGUCGCACCAGGAUCCCAUUCAUGCAAGUGAUUCCAGUGGAUCUGAAUCUGAAAGUGAAUCUACGGAUGAAGAUGUUUCGCAGAACAGAAGGAAAUCUUACGAUCGCGGCACCAGGUUCGGAAUUCAAUCGAAGUUGCCUCUCAAAAAUUAUAAAUACUCGGAUGAAGAUGUCUGCUCUUCACCCACGGUGCUUAAAUCCUGCCCAAGUUCGGACAGCGAUUUCAAAACUACUCGGUUCAGCCUCCCUCACAAUGUUAACACGUCAACGCCAGGCGGAAACUUGAAAAAAUACUUGUCGAAUCCAGAAACGCGUUUCAAGGCCUUAGAAAGUUGCAUCAACAUCAAAAACGAAACUUUUCGAGACAGCGAAUACAAGAACAGUUGCGUUGAAUCUAAAACUACGUCAGCCACGCAUUUGCCGGAUUGUCCGACGGGCUGCGUGCGAAACUCAAAAUUUUUACAAGAUGACCAAAUGCGAAGGCGAAACGGGGAGGGGAACAUUUCGAGAACGUUUCAAAUACCAGUGAAUCGUGGGAUCAGUUCAAUACCUCCGACGACAACUCAUCACAAUUCAAACAUAAAAUUCAACACGGAAAAAUGGGAACGACCACCUGAACAUUCACAAUCAGAAUCCCGAAGAUUCCACACCAGUCAAACGAAAGUCGGAAAUCCGCAAUUCCGUUCGCUCAAGGAAAUACUCGAGGAGGCAAAUAUUCCGCGAAAUCGUCAGAUUCCCGAAGGCGAUCAACACGUGUCACUCAUUAAUAACAUACCAUUUGAUCAAUAUGUUCCAACUCCUGAUCAUCAACAACGCGUUGAAGAAAUCAAAUCUAUAAUACUAGCGAAAGCGAAAGGACAAACAGAACUAACUAAUAAGAAGCUCGGUCAGAGACAACUUCAGUCAAAAGGAAGGGAGAAAAAUCAGAGCAUUGGAAUGCGGUUCAUAGAAACUCUGAGAGCAACUUUGUCCAGAGAUAAUGUGAAGAAGAGAAAGAAACACUCGAAGACUAAGAUUUCGAACAGAAAUAUCCGAAGUAAAGACAGUUUCAAGAUUUCAAGAAGCAACAUCCCCAUGGUGGCAGCAUACGAUCCCAGAACUCCGCAAAUUUCUCCAGCCUUCACAGAAACAUGGACUCAACAAAUAAUUCCCAAUCACACGAAGUCAACCAUUCCGGCUCGAAACACUGGGACUAUUCGAAGACCCGGAGGUCAAGAGCAAACCUCUUCACAGGAUACAACAUCCGGAAGUUCAAGUGACAGUAUUCAAUGAAUCUACUUAUCUCAUUGAACACUAACGGCUCUCCGGUUCUCGUCAGAAGAAUGUUUCCGAAGAAAAACUAAGAGUAUUCUAAACAAAUUUGUUAUUCUCCAUUUCACGAUCCUCGAGUUGAUUAAAAAUACCGUUGAUUUUCAUGACAACAGACAUAA